GGUGCUCUUCCUGUUUCCCAUGAGGGGAAUACCAUCGAGGGCAGGCAGUGCUAUGCACAUGGUUAAACUAGUGAAAAUUAACCAAUGAGCUUAAUAAACUGAACUUUCUAAAGAAAUACCAUAUCACUAACUUUCUCCCUACCAUCAACAUGGUCAAGUUCUAUGAAAGGAAAGACAUAUUCAAGUACACCUGGGACCAAGUCGCCCAAGGAUUUUGGUCGCGCUAUCCAAAUCCAUAUAGCACACACGUCUUGACCGAGGACACUGUGAGCCGGUACGUCGACGGCGGCCGCCUAUUCAGCAAGCGCCUGCUGACCAAAACGAAUCCGGUCAACAGGCUGCCCAAAUGGGGCGAGCGCUUUAUCGGUGCCCGCUCGGUCCGUAUAGUCGAAGAGUCUGUGGUUGACCCUCGGACCAAGACCAUCGUAACUUACACGCGCAAUGUUGGCUUACAGCACAUAAUGUCGAUUGAAGAGAGGUGCGUGUACCGGCCAUCUCCCGAGAACCCCAAGCACACCCUGGUGGAGAGGAGGGCCUGGAUUUCCUCUUCCAUCCUUGGCUUCUCGUGCGCCAUCCAAGCAUUUGGAGUCGAGCGCUUCAAGCAGAACGCUGCCAAGGCCUCCAAGGGUUUCCUCUACGUCCUGGAACGCCUCUUUCCGUCGCCGCACCCGAGCGAAAAAGAACGGCUACGUUCCAAACUGGCCACGGAGCUGGCCAAGGCCAAAGCCGUGCCCCUUGUGGCUGCGGCCAGCUACAACAACCAACAGUAGCCGCCGCCGCGGCGUAGGUGUCACUGUUCACUGCCGAGACUGAUCCGAUAUUAGCUAGCCACUUGGAUCCGAGUGUGAACGGGUCCAGAGGGGGCUUCAUUCCUUUGACAGCGUCUCAAGAAGGUCGUCGGGAGUUUUUCCUAUUGUUGAGCCAUAAGGGGGUUGGGAAUGGUGUAGGUGCAAUCUCUUUCGUUUUUUUUUUUUUUUCUUUCGUAAUGCCAAUAUCUAACAUUCUUCUGCGUGAUUUCAUUAUGUCACUAGUGCUCAGCAUGUUGUUGCUAUAUGUUGUUCCAUGUAAUAAAAUUGAUUGUGUUGUA